UUCCCCCCUCUCCCCCCGCAGUCAGCACUCGAUGGUUACCACGUCUGCAUCUUCGCCUACGGGCAGACGGGCAGCGGCAAAACCUACACCAUGGAGGGGCCGGAUGCUUUGGACCCCGAGAGGAGGGGGAUGAUCCCCAGAGCAGUGCACCGGGUCUUCCAGGGAGCACAGGAGCUGGCAGACAAAGGCUGGCAGUAUCGUUUCAGCGCCAGCUUCCUGGAGAUCUACAACGAAUCCCUGCGGGAUCUGCUGGGCGCUCGGGCGGAGCGCGGGGAGCUGGAGAUCCGCAGGGUCAGCUCAGCCAGCGAGGAGCUGCACGUCCCCAACCUGCGCUGCGUCCCCGUGGCCUCUGAGGACGAGGUGAAUGAUAGAAACCUGCUUUGCUUUCCCAUUUAUUUCAUACGCUCACGAGGUUGGAAAGGACCUGCAGCAUCACCCAGUCCAACCCUCCCCCAUUUACCCUUGCUACCACAAGCACUAAAGCACAUCUCAUCUGGCUCCUGCGUGCUGCCAGGGCCACUCCACCACCUCCCUGUGCAGCACCUGCCCACUCUGAGACAAAAAGUUCUUCCUUGUGUCCAACCUGCGCCUCCUCUGCUACGACCUGAGGCCGUUUCCUCGGCUCCUGUUCGUUGCUGGGAGCAGAGGCCAAACCCCUCCUCGUCACAGCCCCCCUUCAGGAAGCUGCAGAGUGCACCGAGGUCUCCCCUGAGCCUCCUCUUCUCCAGACUGACCAACCCCAGCUCCCCGUAAGACCCCAUCGUGCUGCAGACCCCUCAGCAGCAUCACUGCCCUUCUCUGGACACGUUGCAGGGCCUCGAUGCCUUUUUUGUCGUGAGGGCAUCAACCAACUCCCCCAGCUCCCUUUCCUCCUCACAGCCGCUCCUCCCACAGCCCUGCACGGGGUUAUGAUGGCCGAAGUGCAGCACCAGGCACCUGGCCUCGCUCAGCCUCAUCCCCUCCCCCUCAGCCCACAUCCCUGGGAAGGGCCUCCCCACCCCCAGGUGGAUCCACACCACCCCAAACUGAGGGUGCCCUCAAUGCCCUCAUCUGGGUCAUGCAGAAAAAUGUUAAACCAGAUGGGUCCCAGCACCGACCCCUGGGGGACCCAACCUGUAAGGAGCAACCAGCUGGAUUGGCUCCAUCAGCCACAGCUCCACCAGCCACAACUCCAUCAAUCACAGCUCCAUCAAUCACAGCUCCAUCAAUCACAGCUCCAUCAAUCAGCUCCAUCAGCCACCGCCCGCUGGACACCUGAAGAAGGGCACCCCCAUCCCCACAAAACCCCGUGAAAUCCACCCCAGGACACUGCAAACCCUCAAGAAACCCCGCAAACCCCCCCUGAAAUCCCAUAAACCCCUCCCAAAAUCCCAU